ACCGCGAUUGUGACGCCCCAGUGACCAAUUGUCAAAUGGAAAUACAAAGCGCCUCUGCAUUUUGUAAUCUUUCGAAAGAGUAAAACAAUGCCCUAAGCGAAAGCACGUAAUAAAGAGCGAAUUCUUAUUUAAUUUUAACAUCCACCUCGCAAUUUUGCUUUACUGUGCAUAUAACGUUACCGUUUUGUAUUAGACCGACGCUGGUCGCCGGCAUUUCUCAGCAGGUACUCAUAAAAUGUAACGUGAUUAAGGCCCGUACAUAACAUGGCCACCGUUUACUCGAAUCCAAAGCUUAAGCCUCGGGAAUUAGCUUUGAGCAAACUUUCUACACAAUAUGAGGAUCUCGAUAUGUGGAUUCAUAAUUAUUUGCCUAACGGAGAUAUAUCUGAGACUGAAAAACAGCAUUUACGGGAUGUGAUGCUAAGAGAUCAAGCAAUGAAAAAGAACGACACAGCCAGAAUCAAAUGCAUGGCAGGAAACUUUCCAGCGAAGCUACGCCCGGAGAUUCUGUCUUAUGCGAUUGAAGCUCUUCGCCAACAGAACCCAGCGGUUCCUGGUAGUGGCCUGGUUUCCUUGUGUGCUCCAGUCACUCUGGACAGGGUGUCUUCUCUGACACCUAGCUCGCCGUCCACACCCCACACACCGAGUUUCAAGUUCCAUCCCGAUAUUCGUGCUGGAAGCGGCCAACGCGGAUCAAGAGAAUUGGGCUCAUCUCCAAGGCAGUUGGGAAAAGAUCGCUGUUCAUUUUGCUAUGCGAGGCUGGGUCCACUGCAACAGAAAAAAAUCUGUCAACAAUGUCAGCAAACUACUUGCGGACGUUGUAUUUUUCAUCUGAGAAACAAUGUACUUUUGUGUCGAGAUUGUUUGGACAUCGCGAGAGUGAUGGCUAAAACGGGUGAUUGGUUUGCUCGCUACCUGUCCUCCAAGCCUGCGAAUCCUCUACGGAUGGGAGUAACGGCAGACACAUCACCCUCGUCAAGGAAACGUGAAUUCCGUAAUAAAAUCGACGAGAGUCCACAAUCGCCAAGGCUCAGCAUUGUUCAAAACCGUUUGCCUGUAUCUUCAGCAAGGCGAAGUCCUUUAGGUGUACGAAACUCUGGACCCAGUCCGCUGAAACACCAGUCUGCCUUCGAGCUCCAGUCGGAUAGAGCAAAAAGUUACGAGCAUCUCAAUAGCCCUCCUGUGCGAUAUAUGCACACCUCAGCACCAUUUGCCUCCACAAGAUAUCGUCGACAGGAAAGAAGCCCUUUGGAACAGAUACCAAGUCAUACUGACGAAGAGGAGAAUCAAGCAGCUGUUGAUCCGGGAGAAACUAAGAAAUCUGAUCGUCGCCAAUCAAAAAGACAUAGCAAGGAAAUAAGAUUCAGUAAUCAGCAACCGAGCAAGCUCAAAGAGUCGUUGGAUUCGGACGCAUCCUAUCAAACUCCUGUGGACAUUCAGGGCGAAGUGGAGCUAUCGUUGGAAUACGAUUCACACCAAGGCAGACUAGCUGUCAUGUUGUAUGGAGCGAGGAAUAUUGCAGCUGUGGAUCGUAAAACAGGGACAAGCAGUCCAAUGGCCAAAGUAUAUCUGCAGCCAGAUCCAGCCAAAGGCACAGAGAGAAAAAUCAACUGUAAAGGACACACGUGCUCACCGGUGUUCAAUCAAGCCGUGUGUUACUCCGUUUCCCCAUCUGAAUUGGCCUCACAUACAGUAGUCGUGGAACUCUGGCACAAGAAAUCACCAUGGGGCAAAUUGUUUCUGGGUGAGGUGGCUGUUCCGCUACAAAACCACAAAUGGGACAACACGGAGAAGAAACGACUUGCUCUUCGUGAUAAGCACCCAAUAACAACCACGCUAUCGAGUCCAACGUAUCUGGGCGAAGUGAAUGUGGGCCUGAGGUUUGUCCUAGCUGAAAAGUACAGAAAACUAGCUCAACUUUCAGAGGAGCGAACCGACUUUCCCGGAACGCUGGAAGUGCACGCAAACAGUGCGAGCAAUCUGAGAUCAUAUUCAGUGGGCACGAACCUCACCUCGUUCCUUAAAGUAUCACUGAUAGUUGAAGGAAAGGAACUGGAAACUCAUUCUACUUAUGCGAUGCCAAAAAGCAACAAACCCCGGUGGAACACGGUGCUUCGAUUUGACGAUUUGGAUCAGAGCGAGUUACUUGCCAUUGUGUUACAGAUAUCCGUUUGGAAUCAGUCGUAUCCUACUAAACCCGCUGAAUUUUUGGGUGGAAUCCGAUUGGGGAAGAAGCCCGCUAACCGACCAGAGGAGUGGCAAAUUUGUUCACCGGAUGAGUAUCAGUUGUGGACGGAGUUUACCGCCAAGUCAGAUCAACAAGUGACCGCCACACUGCCCUUACACGAUCUGUAGUGUGCGGAUGGAGUUCACCUCAUGUGCCCAGUCAAUUAGUCCAGCUGGAAACGAGACGAGAAGCAACGCCACGGAUGUACAUUGCUUCAUUAUGUCCGCAUCCCCAAUAUCUGAUCAAUGCGCCAUGCUCAGUAUUCAUCUUUUGUAUUAUUUUUAAAAAACACCGUUUAUCUUGCGCCAAUGUAGCUACUACGAAGAGCAAUCAGCAGCUGAGUGACGGAAUGCUCGACACAGGCUGCAUAGCAACUGUUCUCGUUCCCUCAUGAUUUCUGUUCUCAGUGUUUGUAAAUCCAGAUCUAUAUUAUCAAAUAUAUACUAUUUCGGAUGAU